AUGUCUGAAACCAAGGCUUCGGGUUCCGCGAGUGCGGAGCAACAGGCGGCAUUCGGAUUGACACCGGUGAUCCGGCAACCGGAUGCCAGACAACGUCGAGUACGGUCGUCAACGGCAUCGACGACAUCUUCAGUGCGUGAUCGCAGAGCUAACCUAAAAAUACAGAUGCUGGAGGAGCAGAAAAACAGGCAGCUAGAACGGCUGAAGCAGGAAACAGAAAUAGAAGAGAAGUUUGUGCAGGAAAAAUAUCGUGUUCUGGAAGAACAACUUGGAGAAGAAGACGAUAUUGUUUCCAGUGUGAGCCAUGCAGCAGACCGCGUGGCCAGCUGGGUCACACAUCACAAUGUCGAGAGUCACCGAGAAGGUGAUGUUACAAAGGAGAUCCGACGGAUGAGAACCGAGCUAGAACAGCCAAGGCCGGAAAUCGCUGAAAUGCGAGAAAAUGCUCUACCCACAAGCGUCGGCGUAGAAGCAUCAUCAUGGACGCUCACCAAGGAGCAAAAAGCAGCUCGACAGUCAUUGCCGAAGGAUCUGCCGGAUUUUAGCGGUGAUCCCGCAGAAUGGCCAACGUUUAUUAGCAGUUUUAACUUCUCCACCAACGCGUGUGGUUUUCAAAACGGCGAAAAUAUGAUUCGCCUGCAAAGGUGCUUGAAAGGGGCAGCGAAAGAAGCAGUUCGAGGCCGUCUUCUACUCCCCUCAUCAGUUCCAAGUGUCAUUCAUGUUCUCCAGAGACGCUUUGGACGUCCCGAAUUGCUAUUGGACGUUCUGAUCGAUCGCGUUAGAAAAACCCCAUCCCCUCGAGCCGAUGACCUGGAGAGCCUAAUCGAAUUCGGAGAAGUGGCGCAGUCACUCUGCGAACACGUACGGUCGGCGGGUAUGGUCGAACAUCUAAAAAACCCAAUGCUGAUCACCGAACUCGUAGAAAAGUUACCUUGCGAGUAUCGUAUGCAGUGGGCACGGCGUAUUCGUGACGGUACCAGUAGCCUCGCGUCGUUUGCUCAUUUCAUGGAAGACGUAACGGAUGACGCAAUAUCAGUAACGCGCAUACCACGAAAAACGGCGGAGCGAACGACAGGCAGUGUUAGGCAGCAAACGCAUCAAACAAAGGAAGACGGUGCAAGGCACACGCCGAAGACCACCAACACAAAGGCUACCUACACCAGCAGCAAGUUCAGUGCUCCACAACAGUGUGCGAUGUGUGCCGAGCAUCAUCGAACGUUUCAAUGUGACGAACUGGCAGCUUUACCCGUGCAAAAACGACGGGAAUUAGUCACACAAAAAAAACUGUGUUGGAAUUGUUUAAGUGUUGGGCACCAAGUGAAAUUCUGCAAAUCGAAACACGUUUGCCGGGUGUGUUCCCAGAAGCAUCAUACAUUGGUACACGAAAACAAGUCCAUUCCUGAACCAACAGGAACGAAUGCCAGCCUAUCGGCUCGAGUGUAUGCCAGCACGGUGUUACUAGAAACGGUAACCGUCUGGGUACUGGAUCGGUACGGAAACCGCCAUCACGCUCGUGCGCUAUUAGAUUCGGCAUCAAUGUGCAACUUUAUGUCGAAAGGGUUGGCUGCAAAACUCCAGCUUCGCUGGUCAAAAACAAAUACACAGAUAGUAGGCAUCGCAGAAAGCAUGCAUCGGGUGAAAUAUGAGACCCACGCAACUAUUCAUUCGAAGGUGAAUUCGUUCUACAGCACAGAGAACUUUUUCAUAAUGGAGAAACCAACAUCUGAUUUACCAUCAAGUGUCAUCAGUACAAGCAGUCUAAAGCUACCCGACGUAGAAUUGGCUGAUCCAACGUUUUACAAACCGGCUCCGAUCGACAUGAUCAUUGGAGCAGAACAUUAUCAACAACUAUUCACCGGGAAACGGAUUCAUCUAGAAGCUGGGGAUCCGCUGCUAGUGGAAACGAUGUUUGGCUGGGUCGUGUGUGGACCUCUGCGAGAGGCACUUCCAACCAAAUCGUUAGCUUGUCAUGUGACAACAGUCGGUCUCGAAAAUGUGCUACAAAGGUUUUGGCAACUCGAUGCAGUCCCGGAACAAUCAUACCAACCCAACACAGAAUGUGAAGCGCAUUACAAUGCCACAGUUAUUAGAGAACCAUCGGGAAGGUAUGCAGUGCGACUGCCGAGAACAAAUGAUUCAACUAAACAAUUGGGUGAAUCAAAAGGUAUCGCGCUACGGCGAUUCAGGACUCUAGAGCGACGGCUCGAGUCAGACGCAAUUGUAAAGAGUUCUUACCACGAGUUCAUGAGAGAGUAUGAACGACUAGGACAUAUGCAGAAAUUGGACAAUCCUGAUAUUAACAUUUCUCAUUGUUUUCUACCACAUCAUGCAGUGUUCAAGGAGUCCAGCACUACGACUAAAACCAGAGUGGUCUUCGAUGCAUCGUGUAAAACAUCUUCGGGGUAUUCCUUGAACGACAUCCUUUUGGUGGGUCCAGUCAUACAAAAGGAUUUACUGUCUCUACUUCUGAAGUUUCGUACACAUGCAAUUGCGUUGGUCGGCGACAUUGAAAAAAUGUACCGACAGAUAAGGGUGCAGGAAGUAGAUCAACCACUUCAAAGGAUCGUGUGGCGGGAAAAUCAAGCUGAACCAAUAUCCACAUACCAGCUGCAAACCGUCACAUAUGGCACAUCUUCUGCGCCAUAUUUAGCAACAAAAACAUUACAGAAAUUGGCCCAGGACAUGAGGCACGUGUCACCAACGGCGGCCGAUGCAAUUUCUAUGGAUUUUUACGUCGACGAUUUGCUGUCCGGAGCGACAGACGUGUCAGCAGCCAUACAUUUGAGAGAAGAUAUAUCCAAAUUUCUAGCAUCGGCUGGUAUGCCAAUGAAAAGGUGGGCAUCAAACUCAAUUGAGGUAUUGAACUCCAUACCUCUGGAGGAUAGAGCCAUCGAUCCAUGGCACAAUUUCCAGGAUAGACAAACGGUCACAACACUUGGGUUGAUCUGGGAACCACAAUCAGAUCUGCUCAGCUUCAAGGUACAAUCAUCGGAAAAUGUGGACGCGUACACUAAACGGAUUGUACUAUCACAGAUUGCAAAAAUAUUUGAUCCGCUUGGCCUG